UCAGAAAUGAAUGAGGGAAGACUGACAUAUGCAGAGCUGAAAUUAUCACUGAAGAGUAAGGACAAACCCCAGCCAACUCAGAAAAAGAGAGAAUAUCCAUGGCGCAUAAGUGUUGUGAUCCUGGGAACAGUAUGUCUUUGUCUUCUGAUAUCAAGCAUAGUCUUGGGAUAUCUGUUUUUUCAGGGCACAUCAAAGUUCAAAAUUCAAUGUGAGAAAGAUGCAAAUAAAAAUGCUGUCUCCUCAAUGGAAGUAGUAGAUCCUUCAGCUUUACCACCUACAACAGGAAAAGGCUGCUACAAAUGUCAAGGAAGAUGGCUUUGCUGUGGAGAAAAGUGUUACUACUUUUCAGAAGAGGAAAAGACAUGGGAUGAAAGUGAGGCAUCCUGCAGGCUCCUGGGUUCUCAUCUUGCUAAGAUUGACAGUAGAGAGGAACAGAACUUUAUUCAGUCACGAUUGAACUAUAGCUAUUGGGUUGGAUUACGUAAAAAAGGAGGUCAAUUCCUGUGGGUACAUCAGGAGGAUGAAAAAAUUUCUUCGGAUUUGGACUUUCACAUGACAACCCAUUUAGCAGAUGCAGUGUGUGGAUAUAUCAAGCCAAAGCUUCUCAAUAAUGCUCAAUGUAGUAGACAUUUCCCCUAUAUUUGUAAAAAGAAUUUUACCUGCCUGUUGACAUCAGAGAAUUGGUAAAAGUCACACUUUUACUAUUUUUAUUCCUUAGUGGCUAUUAGCAAAAUAAAAU